AUGAAGACAAUUGUCAGUGUUUUAACUCUUCUGUUUCUUGUUUUAUCAUGUGCGCCAAAUAUCAAGGCAAAAUCUUAUUUAGAAGAGAAAACUCAUUCUUUCAAUUCAGCAACAAGCCCUCAAAUUAAUUUUAAAAUAGAUGAACUUCCACCAGAUGAACAUCUUGGAGUUGCAGCUUCUAAAAGCUUAAUUGGUUUCUGUCAAGAAUGUGUACAUCAUUGUUUGAGAAGAAAACGGAUUAUUGGUGAAUGUUGA